CUCGAACGGUGCUGAGGACAAGGUUCCUCACUCUGAGAAUAAGGGUCCUCACUCUGAGGACAAGGUUCCUCACUUUGAUGACAAGGUUCCUCACUCUGAGGACAAGGUUUCUCACUCUAAGGACAAGGUUCCUCACUCUGAGGACAAGGUUCGUCACUCUGAUGACAAGUUUCCUCAAUCUGAGGACAAGGUUCGUCACUCCGAGGACAAGGUUCCUCCCUCGGAGGACAAGGUUCCUAACUCUGAUGACAAGGUUCCCCACACUGAGGCCAAGGUUCCUCACUGUGAGGACAAAGUUCCCCACACUGAGGACAAGGUUCCUCACUCUGAGGACAAGGUUCCUCACUCCGAGGACAAGGUUCCUCACUCUGACGACAAGGUUCCUCACUCUGAGCACAAGGUUCCUCAUUCUGAGGAGAAGGUUCCUACACUGACGAAAAGGUUCCUCAUUCUGAGAACAAGUUUCUUUCCUCUGAGGACAAGGUUCCUCACUCUUUGGACAAAGUUCCUAACUCUGAGAACAAGGUUCCUCACUCUGAAGACAAGGUUCCUCUCUCUGAGGACAAGGUUCCUCACUCUGAGAACAAGGUUCCUCACUUUUAAGGCAGCUUCCUCACACUGAGGACGAGUUUUCUCCAUCUGAGGACAAGGUUCCUCACUCUGAGGACAAAGUUCCUGACACUGAGGACAAGGUUGCUCAUUCUCAGAUGAAGCUUGCUCACUCUGAAGGCCAGGUUCCUCACUCUUAGGACAAGGUUCCACACACUGAAGAAAAGGUUCCUCACUCUGAGAACAAGUUUCGUCACUCUAAGGACAACGUUCCUCACCCUGAGGAGAAGGUUCCUCUCACUGAAGACAAGGUUCCUCAUACUGAGGACAAGGUUCCUCACUCUGAGAACAAGGUUCGCCACUCUGAGGACAAUGUUCUUCACUGUGAAGGCAGGUUCCUGACUCUGAGGACAAGGUUCCUCACUCUAAAGACAAGGUUCCUCACUCUGAACACAAGGUUCCUUACUCCGAGGACAAGGUUCCUCACUCUGAUGAGAAGGUUCCUCACUCUGAGAACACGUUUCGUGACUCUGAGGACAAGGUUUCUCACUCUGAGGAAAUGGUUCCUCACUCUGAGGACAGGGUUCGUCACACUGACGAAAAGGUUCCUCACUCUGAGAACAAGGUUCGUCACUCUGAGGACAAAGUUCCUCACUCUGAGGACAAGGUUCCUCACUCUGAGGACAUGUUUCCUCACUCUGAGGACAAGGUUCCUCACUCUGGUGACAAGGUUCCUCACUCUGAGGAAAAGGUUCCUCACUAUGAGGACAAGGUUCCUCACCCUGAGGACAAGGUUCCUCACUCUGAGAACAAGGUUCCUCACUCUGAGGACAAGGUUCCUCACUCUGAGGACAAGGUUCCUCACUCUGAAGGCAGGUUCCUCACACUGAGGACGAGAUUUCUCACUCUGAGGACAAGGUUCCUCACUCUGAGGACAAGGUUUCUCACUCUAAGGACAAGGUUCCUCACUCUGAGGACAAGGUUCCUCACUCUGAUGACAAGUUUCCUCAAUCUGAGGACAAGGUUCGUCACUCCGAGGACAAGGUUCCUCCCUCGGAGGAAAAGGUUCCUCACUCUGAGGACAAGGUUCCUCACUCUGAGGACAAGGUUCCUAACUCUGAUGACAAGGUUCCCCACACUGAGGCCAAGGUUCCUCACUGUGAGGACAAGGUUCCCCACACUGAGGACAAGGUUCCUUACUCUGAGGACAAGGUUCCUCACUCCGAGGACAAGGUUCCUCACUCUGAGCACAAGGUUCCUCAUUCUGAGGAGAAGGUUCCUCAUUCUGAGGAGAAGGUUCCUACACUGACGAAAAGGUUCCUCAUUCUGAGAACAAGUUUCGUCACUCUGAGGACAAGGUUCCUCACUCUUUGGACAAAGUUCCUCACUCUGAGAACAAGGUUCCUCACUCUGAAGACAAGGUUCCUCUCUCUGAGGACAAGGUUCCUCACUCUGAGAACAAGGUUCCUCACUCUUAAGGCAGGUUCCUCAUACUGAGGACGAGUUUUCUCCCUCUGAGGACAAGGUUCCUCACUCUGAGGACAAGGUUCCUGACACUGAGGACAAGGUUACUCAUUCUCAGAUGAAGCUUCCUCACUCUGAAGGCCAGGUUCCUCACUCUGAGGACAAGGUUCCACACACUGACGAAAAGGUUCCUCACUCUGAGAACAAGUUUCGUCACUCUGAGGACAAGUUUCCUCACCCUGAGGAGAAGGUUCCUCACACUGAAGACAAGGUUCCUCAUACUGAGGACAAGGUUCCUCACUCUGAGGACAAGGUUCCUGACACUGAGGACAAGGUUACUCAUUCUCAGAUGAAGCUUCCUCACUCUGAAGGCCAGGUUCCUCACUCUGAGGACAAGGUUCCACACACUGACGAAAAGGUUCCUCACUCUGAGAACAAGUUUCGUCACUCUGAGGACAAGUUUCCUCACCCUGAGGAGAAGGUUCCUCACACUGAAGACAAGGUUCCUCAUACUGAGGACAAGGUUCCUCACUCUGAGAACAAGGUUCGCCACUCUGAGGACAAUGUUCUUCAUUGUGAAGGCAGGUUCCUGACUCUGAAGACAAGGUUCCUCACUCUGAAGACAAGGUUCCUCACUCUGAACACAAGGUUCCUUACUCCGAGGACAAGGUUCCUGACUCUGAUGAGAAGGUUCCUCACUCUGAGAACACGUUUCGUGACUCUGAGGACAAGGUUUCUCACUCUGAGGAAAUGGUUCCUCACUCUGAGGACAGGGUUCGUCACACUGACGAAAAGGUUCCUCACUCUGAGAACAAGUUUCGUCACUCUGAGGACAAAGUUCCUCACUCUGAGGACAAGGUUCCUCACUCUGAGGACAUGUUUCCUCACUCUGAGGACAAGGUUCCUCACUCUGGUGACAAGGUUCCUCACUCUGAGGAAAAGGUUCCUCACUAUGAGGACAAGGUUCCUCACCCUGAGGACAAGGUUCCUCACUCUGAGAACAAGGUUCCUCACUCUGAGGACAAGGUUUCUAACUUUGAGGACAAGGUUCCUCACUCUGAAGGCAGGUUCCUCACACUGAGGACGAGUUUUCUCACUCUGAGGACAAGGUUCCUUACUCUCAGGACAAGGUUCCUGACACUGAGGACAAGGUUGCUCACUCUGAGAUCAAGGUUCCUCACUCCGAAGGCAUGGUUCCUCACUCUGAGGACAAGGUUCCACACACUGACGAAAAGGUUCCUACAUCUGAGAACAAGUUUCCUCACUCUGAGGACAAGGUUCUUCACUUUGAAGACAAGAUUCUUCAUUCUGAGGACAAGGUUCCACACUCUGAGGACAAUGUUCCUCACUAUUAGGACAAGGUUCCUCACUCUGAUGAGAACGUUCCUCAGUCUGAGGACAAGUUUCGUGACUCUGAGGUCAAGGUUCCUCACUCUGAGGACAAGGAUCCUCAUACUGAGGACAGUGUUCUUCACUCUGAGAACAAGAUUCCUCACUCUGAGGACAAGGUUCCUCACUCUGAGGACAAGAUUCCUCACUCUGAAGAGAAGGUUCCUACAUUGACGAAAAGGUUCCUCAUUCUGAGAAGAAGUUUCGUCACUCUGAGGACAAGGUUCCUCGCUCUUUGGACAAAGUUACUCACUCUGAGAACAAGGUUCCUCACUCUGAAGGCAGGUUCCUCACACUGAGGACGAGUUUUCUCACUCUGAGGACAAGGUUCCUCACUCUGAGGACAAGGUUCCUGACACUGAGGACAAGGUUGCUCAAACUGAGAUGAAGCUUCCUCACUCUGAAGGCAAGGUUCCUCACUCUGAGGACAAGGUUCCACUCUCUGACGAAAAGGUUCCUCACUCUGAGAUCAAGGUUCCUCACUCUGAGGACAAGGUUCCUCACUCUGAAGACAAGGUUCUUCACACUGAGGACAAGGUUCCUCUCACUGAGGACAAGGUUCCUCACACUGAGGACAAGUUUCUCACACUGAGAACAAGGUUCCUCACACUGAGGACAAGGUUCCUCACACUGAGGACAAGGUUCCUCCCACUGAGUACAAGGUUCGUCACUCGGAGGACAAGGUUCCUGACUCUGAGGACAAGGUUCCUCACUCUGAGGAAAACGAUUUUCACACUGAAGACAAGGCUCCUCACUCUGAGGACAAGGCUACUCGCUCUAAGGACAAGGCUCCUCACUCUAAGGACAAGGUUCCUCACUGUGAGGAGAAGGCUCCUCACUCUGAGGACAAGGUUGCUCACACUGAGGACAAGGUUCCUCACUCUGAGGAAAAGGUUGCUCACUCUGAGGACAAGUUUGCUCACUCUAAGGACAAGGUUGUUCACUCUGAGGACAAGGUUUCUCACUCUGAGAACACGGUUCCUCUUUCUGGACAGAAGUUUCCUCAAUCUGAGGAAAAGGUUCCUCACUCUGAAGGCAGGUUCCUCAGUCUGAGGACAAGGUUCCUCACUAUGAGGACAAAGUUCCUCAGACUGAGAACAAGGUUCCACACUCUGACGCAAGAUUCCUCACUCUGA